GAGCUGGGGGGGCAGCCCAUCCCAUCCCAUGCUUGUUGUUAGUCGGGGACUUCCUGGAGACGGGAGUUGGGGGGGGAGGCGGCAGUGGAGUCAUUAGGCGGUAACCCGGCGGUGGGCAGAAGUCUCCCGGUACUGGAGGGAGCAGGACCAUUGUGGGCCGCAGAGGCUGGCGUUGAAUCAGAGCGGCGCGAUUGAGUGAGAGCUGUCGGUGUUGCCGAGGCGUCCGGGGCAGGUGAAGGUUGGCCCAGGUUGCGGCGGCGGCAGCGGCGGCGGCAACAGGCGCUGUCACUGGGGAGCUGAGCUGAGCCAGACCAGGCCGGGCCGGGCAGAGCUGAGCGACUGUUUGUAAACACAGAGCCGAGCUGCCGUGGCCAAGUCCACGCUGAGCUACCGCCACGUCACGGAAAGUCCUGCCAGCCGCCCCUCCACACCCCUUCCUGUUCCACAUUUGCGUUUAUUUUGCAUACUUUUUAUUUUCUAAUUUGCUUAUUGAAAAGAAACUUUCAUAUUUUUCCUUUGGCGAGCUUCACAGUCUUUAUUUUAUCUUUUUUUCAGUAGCUACUCAUGAUUGAAUUAUUUGGUAUUUGCCACGUUAUUUCCAUCAUGUUUUGACUAGUAAACCACUUUUACUGUUUGUGUAAAAGGCCAAAGCUGCAGGAUUUGAUGUCACAGUGCCGAUGCUGUUCUAACUGAGGUUUUUGGGUGGAGUACCAUCAUUUAUUUCCCUUCAUGUCAAGUAGUUUUUUCUUUACGUCUCAGUAAGUUUUUUGAGAGCUAUACAAGUUGUAAUUAUUUCAACUUAUAGUUUGGACACUAGAAUAUUUUGUAUCCCAAUUUGUCUUAAUAUUUCAAUAUGGACAUGAUAGGCUGUUCUUUCCCCUUUGACACUUACUGACGCUCAACACGAAUAAUUUUGUCAGUAAAGGGAGGAAUAAUCUAUAGUGGGUCAGCUUUUUUUUUCUUCAAAUCUUGAGAUUUUGUGUUACCUUCCCUGCACAAAACGAAUUAAACAUGACAGCGUCGAACUGGGGCCUCAUCAUGAACGUUGUGAACAGUAUUGUGGGAGUCAGUGUACUCACCAUGCCAUUCUGCUUUAAACAGUGUGGUAUUGCAUUGGGUGUCGUGCUGCUCCUCUUCUGCUCCUGGAUGACUCACCAGUCCUGUAUGUUCCUGGUGAAGGUAGCAAAUACUAGUAAACGAAGAACUUAUGCAGGUCUUGCUUUCCACGCCUAUGGAAAAGCAGGCAAAAUGCUGGUGGAAACAAGCUUGAUUGGCUUGAUGUUGGGGACGUGCAUUGCUUUUUAUGUUGUAAUCGCUGAUUUGGGAUCCAAUUUCUUUGCUCAGUUGCUUGGUCUUCAGGUAACACAGGGAUUCCGUGUAUUCUUUCUGUUUGCUGUUUCUGUGUUUAUUGUGUUGCCUCUGAGUUUGCAGAGGAACAUGAUGGCUUCUAUCCAGUCCUUCAGUGCCAUGGCUUUAAUAUUCUACACGUUCUUCAUGUUUGUGAUUGUGCUGUCUUCAUUUAAACAUGGGCUCUUUAGUGGUCAGUGGCUGAAACGAGUCAGUUACAUUCGCUGGGAAGGUAUUUUUCGGUGCAUCCCCAUCUAUAGCAUGUCAUUUGCCUGUCAAUCCCAAGUAUUGCCGACAUAUGACAGUUUGGAUGAACCUUCUGUGAAAAGAAUGAGUACUAUCUUCUCAUCAGCCCUAAAUGUGGUUAAUACCUUUUACGUGACUGUUGGAUCUUUUGGUUAUAUCAGCUAUACUGAUAAUAUUGCUGGCAAUGUUAUGAUGAACUUUCCCUCCAACGUGGUCACGAAGAUGAUUCGUGUGGGAUUUAUGAUGUCUGUUGCCGUAGGCUUUCCAAUGAUGAUUCUGCCUUGUAGACAAGCUCUGAACACUUUUCUCUUUGAACAAUUACAGCAGAAAGAUGGCACUUUUGCUGCAGGAGGGUACAUGCCACCGUUGCGGUUUAAGCUCAUUACAGCUGCUAUAGUGUUUGGCACCAUGUUGGGUGGAAUUCUCAUUCCUAAUGUGGAAACUAUCCUUGGAUUGACGGGUGCCACCAUGGGGAGUCUUAUCUGUUUCAUUUGCCCAGCCCUUAUCUACAGGAAAAUCCAGAAAGGUGGUUUCUCUGCACAGAUUAUUCUCUGGAUUGGGCUUAUUAUUCUGGUGAUCAGCACUUUUUUAACUCUGACUGCAACGAAUGACCAGCUGGUCGUACCUGAAAAUCCACCUCAGGACAUUAACCACGAGAAGCUUCAAAAUGACAUUAACGUGCAGCAGAAAAUUUCAGCUGAAAACGGUGUGAUCAACGAAGCGAAUGAUGAUAGAGACCGUCCAAAAUUGGAGAAAGAUGUUAUAGAGCAACCUCAGAUAAAGGUCCCAAUAGAACCACAUGAAGAUAGAGAUGACAAGGGUGAAGAGGUCCAGCUGGAUCGCCCUGACCAAGGGGUUGCUCAUCCCGUCGGCGAGGCUCAUCGACACGAACCACCAAACCCACACGAUGAAGUUAUUGUAGAUGAAGUAAAAGAAGAGGACGGCAGAAUUGGAAAUGAGAUCAACAAUCCUGGGAAUGCUCCAGAAGUUAAACCAGAACAAAAGGAACAGCAAGCCAAUGUGGAAGAGGAAAUGAAUGCAAGAGCUGCAGACCCUCAAGCAGGUGUAGAACUACAAAUGAUGGAUAAACAUGGCAACAUUCCUGGAAAAGAUGACUCAGUGAUUCAUAAUCAAGAAGGAAUUGUAGAAAGCAUAAACAACAGAGAUCUUAAAAAUGGCAAUAAGAAGGACUUGCCAUCAUUGGAAAAGAUUGAUGUUGCUGGAGAGUCCCAGCUACACAUCCGAGAUGAGAGGGACCGUCAAAAUGUAAUUGUGGAAGGCAAGCAAGAUGGAGAAGCAGUAGAGGGCGACGAGAAACUUCUGGACCAUGUAGUUUUACUGAAUGUGAUCAAAGAGCAGCAGGAACAGCAGAAGCGCCUAUUAGACCAGCAGGAGAAACUUUUGGCUGUCAUUCAGGAACAACACAAGGAGAUACACCAGCAAAAGGCUGACGAUGAGGACAAAGGACAGCUGGACAAUGAGUAUCCUGUGAAAGAAAAAACAGGUCAAGGAAAUGAAGAUCAACUAAAAAAUGUUGAGGCUGUGAAUGGGCAGAAGGCAGAGAUGCCUCAUGUAAUCAAUGCUAAUUUGCAGGGUGAUUCUUUUAAAUUUGAUCAAGGUCUGCCUGCAGCCGAUCACAAAAAGGAUAAUGCGGAACAUAAAAAUGUUUUGCACAAAGCUCAGCGAAGUGCCCUCGAAAAUCAGGAUCACGUUCAUGAUUCUAAACGAGACGCUGAAGUUCGCAAGAUGGCCCCUCAGCUGAAAGAUGGAUUUAAAGAACUUGACCAAAACUUUGGGGCUCCAGAACAUCUCUUGAAAAGCAAAGAUGGUGGAAAGGUGAUGCUACAGAAUGAUGCUGAGGUUCCAAAGAUAUCGCAACAAAUUGGUAUACCUGAAGCAGGACCUGGCCAAGAACGUGGAUUUAAACAUCCAAACGUUCCCUUGGAUAAUGGGCUGAGAGUUCAAAGAAAAGAGGCUGAAGCUGGGAUUGGAAAUCUGAAGAUGCCAGAUAUUGUGGCCAAUGAUCCAAAGUUGUUUGAAAGUCUCAAUGUUGAAGCAAAGUCAAAAAAUGAAAUUCAUGAUUUUGAAUUGAAAAUCGAGCGCAAUCCUUUAAUAGAAAAACCCGAGGGUGAUAAGAUUGAAAAAGUGAGAGCUGGAGCUAAGGAGGUAUUUGAAGGAAGGGAGGACGGGAUGGAUAAAAUCGAAGGGCCAGUGAAUCCACAAAUUCAAAGAAAUCCAGAGGCUGAUCUCAACAGCAGAGCACAGGAAUUUGACAACAGACACGUUGCAGACGAUUCAUUGAAAAGUCAUAAAAAAGUUUCAGAUGACCAUCUGGGGCCAGACCCAAACAUUGUGCCUCAACACAAGGAGAAGAUUCCAGACCAGAAAAACGGUGAACCAUACAAAGACCUGAAAGUUGAUGGAGGUGGGGAUCUGCGUAGAAAAAAGAGAGACAUAAAGGCCCAAGUGGAUGAAAAUCUCCAGGAUGAUGGAGAUAAACUAAUCAUCAACCUUGAUCCAGUGCCAAACUUCAAAACCAACGACCUCCGAAGUGCACUGGAGAGCCAGCUUAAACAGGUGGCAGGAGGAUCAUUCCAGAUAGUUCAAAGCCGAAAGAUGAAGCAAGUGACCAGUAAUGAAGCCGAUACAUGAGUCCGAUCUAGUCCAUUUUCCAGAGGUUUUUUGAGGUUCAAAUAAAAUAUUUCUCGGUUGGUCCUAGGAUUCCUUUGUGCGCCAUGUGCAGCUUUUGCAGUGUCUCCUCUGCAUUGCAUUGUGUGAAUGAAGACCACUUGCAAAAAAUCGAUAGGACUUUGAAAAGAUUUUUAAAGUAAUCCAGAAGAAGUUAUUGGAAUUUAGUUACCUGAUAAAUAAAUCAACGAUGCACCAAGGAGGUUACUAAAUGACUGUCUCUGGGUCACUUGAUAUAUUCCAUGUACAAGCUGAUAUUGGAUAAUCAAGAAAUUCUGAAAGAAACAUCUGAAUUGCAUACAAAUUCAGUCCUGUUGUGCAUCUAUUACUAGAAACUACCAAGAAUGAAUAAAAAUAAACUCUGCAACCCGUUGGGAUUGUGACAGCUAAAUGUACCAUUGAUUGUAUGGAGGCCACUUUCAAACCUUAGAAAUGCGACUACCCAUCAACUAGUAUCUUCAAUUUCCUCUCAGGGACAACAUGCAUCAAUGAAAACAGCUAGCUUUUCUUAUGGGAUAUUUCUAAAUGGGUAUUCAUUAGGGCAGUUGAUUGUAUAUUUUAAUAAUACAAAGAUUUUUGCAAUUAACGCCUAUUUUUUUUACACGUGUGCACGAGAAAAUUGUCAUCCAAACUCUACGAUACGAACUUUAUUAUGGCUGAAAUGUCAGUACCUGUAUUUGACACCUAUCCGUUUCCUGCUAAACUAAAUCAGAUUACAUUUUAUUCCUUAAAUGUGUUCAAUUCUACAUUAAUCCAAUGUGCAUUGAAUGGCUACCUUAACAUAAUGUUUGCAUUCUAAAAAUAUAUUAUUUUAAGAGUUCUUUCUACCAGAGUGCUUUGAAUUAUGUAAUUUGUUGGGCAGAAGGUGCAAUAUUUAAUUGUGGCCAUUUAUUUAAUUCUUACACGAUGUACCUUAUUUAAAAAAAAAAGUAUGUCAGCUGUUAUGCCCAGAAAAUUGAAAUGUAUAUUUUAGAUCAAUAAUCCAGAAUAGAUUUCCGAAUAAUGCAUUAUUUAUAUAAAAAAUACUUUUCAUGAAUUAACUUUUUAAAAUGUAAUCAUUAUGUAAUUGUUGUCUGGCUGCCAAACUUAUUAAGAGUUUAACCAUUAGUUUCUCAAUUCACUCUGUACACAUGACUUCACUUGUAUCUCCUAUUUCCAAUUGCAACAGUAUCAUUUCACGAGUCAGUCACUAUUGGAACAUAAUGUGUAUAGAAAUGCCUUAAGAUAGCUGAUUCCAAGUUUCUUUAUUCUUAUAGAGCAGGGAGAUAAUAAAUGUAUUAAAAAUAAAAUACUUGCGUUUUCAGAUAUAAUCCACAGGAAUACAACUCCUUGAAAUUGCUUGUAUUUAAUUAGGUGGACUUCAAAAAAUACCAUGCUGGCACUAACACAAACUUGCUUCCUUGUAGAGACUUUUCACAGAUCUUUGUUUUGUUUGAUAUUUACAGUAAAUCAGAAAUGUCCUAUGUUCAAAGUUCUAUAAACUCGGCACACUUGUAAAUAAAGCAUAUGAUACAAUAGAUUCUAGGCAAAGUUCAGAAUAGGCAAUUUUUAAUUUCCAAAUCAUUUUAGAAUAUCAGUUUUAUUUAUGGAAACCAUUCAGGGCAGAGAAGUAAGCUAUUUAUAAUUCUCUGGAGUAAUGUGGCCUAAAUAUAGUGAUUAUUUUUGAAAGUAUUUUUAAGCCACAAAAAUCUUCCAAUGUCAACUUUCCAGUCGGUCACUAAAUUACAAAUAUAAUUGCGUAAAUAUUUCUUGGAAAAUAUUUAUUACUCAUUCAUUUAUUUUCAUUGACAUCUGUUCAUUACCAAUGCUACAAGGAAUCAAAAUCAUCCAUGUCCCAACAACUACUGCUAUUUUUCAUUUUUGAUGUGAUUUAAAUUGAUGCAUGCAUUUCUGUAUUCUUUAUCAAUGUUACAAAACUGUAGAACUUGUGUUACCUUCAUACAAAUAGUAUGAUACCAGUUAGUUUACUUGUGCAUAUAUAAAAAAAAUACAUUGUGCAACGUCUCAACAAAGAGGAUAGAUAGUCUAUACACAGACCUUGGCUUACUGUUUCUGCAGCUCCCCGUUGGAAAACGAGGGGAAAUGUUUAUUGUCCUGCCAUCUGAGUUCAUUAUUUCUUGUAGAUAAGUGCCUGCGUUCCACCUGGUGCCUUCUCUCGAAGUGUUGUUAGUCAAUGAACAAUCACAAAGGGAGUGAGAACCAUACUGCUUCUUGUAGCUUUUAAUAAGCUCAUAUUUCUUGCUGGAUAUAUUUGAAUCCAAUUUCCAAAUGUAACAAUUUUUAAAAUCUUGCUGUUUAUCAUACUUUCUACCUUAAUAGAUCUGUUAUCAUCUAAAUGCUGUCUGUAAUGAAACAAAAUGAUGGCAAACACUGAUCUGCUGGAAAAGCUUUAAAACGUUGGAUCAAUUUUCCUGUGUGUUACUGCAUCUGAGUUUUGUAAAGUUGAGAUGAAAGUGAAGGUUUCACAUUCCUCUUGGAAGUUAUUUAAAUGUUAUCUUUCAUUGCGACAUUUUCAUCCAAUCCAGAUUUUGUACAUUGAGUAACUUAUGUGCUGUAUUUAAAUAUUUCCCCAAUACUUGUGGUCAAAUCUUAUGUGAAAUCCGAUUAUCAUUUUUGCUAAUGUUUGAAGUGCUGUUGCUCAGUAAAUUCAGGAUUACCCUUUGAAAGUUACCCUUCACAUUUGAAAUAAGGGAUGGAUUACAGUUAAGUACAGAAUCCAACAAAAUGAGACUGGCUGAAAGUGAAGUGGAACUAAAUCAUUGUCAAUUUAAAGUUAGAAAACAGCACUGAUACAAGUCCAAGAUAACAUUCCAAAUUAAUAUUAACUACAGAUGGAGAAGGAAAUGGAACAUGCAGAUGCAUUGUUAUAAUGUAAAAUGGUUGGCUUAUCAAUAAAGUGCGAUUAACAAAC